CAGAAUGGCUGCACUCUGUGAUGGUUUGCUUCUAUUAAGAUGCAAAGGUAGAUGAGGAAAUCUGCAUUAUACGUCCAAUUAGUUCCUGCCUUUAUCAAGUGAAGGACCACAGCACCAUCCAUGGUUUCAGCUUCUUCUUGGUGACGAAAAGCAGAGGAGAAAAAAAUCUUUCUCAGAACACUGGCUGUGCAGCUGGUUAAAGGUGUCAGGAUCAUACUUUACCUAAACCGACACAUUUGAGGGGAUAUUUGUGCCAGCUAUGGCUCAUGCUGCUUCUCAUCUUAAGAAAAAUCGGGAAAUAGAAGUUGUGAACUCAGUUGAUGAGGAAAAAGCCAUAAGAAAACACAGAAAGCGUUCUCGGGAUCGAAAGAAAAAGACCGACAGCAAUGCAAGCUACUUACGAGCUGCUCGGGCUGGAAACUUAGAAAAGGCCCUUGACUACAUCAAAGCUGGAGUUGACAUAAACAUUUGCAACCAGAAUGGGUUGAAUGCUCUCCAUCUGGCCUCCAAGGAAGGCCAUGUAGAGGUUGUUUCCCAACUUAUCCAACUGGGUGCUGAUGUGGAUGCAGCAACAAAGAAAGGAAAUACUGCAUUGCACAUCGCAUCCUUAGCUGGACAAGCAGAAGUUGUAAAAGUGUUGGUAACAAAUGGAGCAAAUAUCAACGCACAGUCCCAGAAUGGCUUCACUCCUUUGUAUAUGGCAGCACAGGAGAACCAUCUUGAAGUUGUAAAGUUCCUGCUGGACAAUGGUGCAAGUCAAAGUAUUGCAACUGAGGAUGGAUUCACACCACUAGCUGUAGCCCUGCAGCAAGGCCACGAUCAAGUGGUAUCACUGUUGCUGGAAAAUGAUACAAAAGGAAAAGUUAGGCUCCCAGCGUUACACAUUGCGGCCCGCAAAGAUGACACCAAAGCUGCAGCGUUGCUUCUGCAGAAUGAUCAUAAUGCAGAUGUGGAGUCAAAGAUGAUGGUGAAUAGAACAACAGAGAGUGGCUUUACUCCGCUUCAUAUAGCUGCCCAUUACGGGAAUAUAAACGUAGCAACUUUGUUGUUGAAUCGAGGUGCUGCUGUAGAUUUCACAGCCAGGAAUGAUAUUACCCCACUGCAUGUGGCCUCAAAGAGAGGGAAUGCCAACAUGGUGAAGUUAUUGUUGGAUCGAGGAUCUCAGAUUGAAGCCAAAACAAGGGAUGGGUUGACACCUCUACACUGUGCAGGAAGGAGUGGCCAUGAACAGGUUGUGGAAAUGUUGCUGGAUCGAGGAGCCCCAAUUCUUUCAAAAACAAAAAAUGGGUUGUCUCCUCUGCACAUGGCUACACAAGGCGAUCACCUCAAUUCGGUGAAGCUGCUCCUUCAGCAUGAUGUGCCUGUUGACGAUGUGACAAACGACUAUCUGACAGCAUUGCAUGUCGCUGCCCACUGUGGGCACUACAAGGUUGCCAAGGUCCUUUUGGAAAAGAAAGCCAACCCAAAUGCCAAAGCGCUGAAUGGUUUCACCCCACUUCAUAUAGCAUGCAAGAAGAACCGAAUUAAAGUAAUGGAUCUUUUGUUAAAGCAUGGAGCAUCGAUUCAGGCAGUUACUGAGUCGGGCCUUACACCUAUUCAUGUUGCUGCCUUUAUGGGACACGUGAAUAUUGUGACACAGUUAAUGCAACAUGGAGCAUCACCAAAUACAACAAACGUGAGAGGAGAGACGGCACUGCACAUGGCUGCCCGGGCAGGACAAGCAGAUGUUGUGCGUCAUUUGGUUCAGAAUGGAGCUCAAGUGGAAGCAAAAGCUAAGGAUGACCAGACUCCUCUGCACAUUGCUUCUCGAUUGGGAAAAGCUGAUAUUGUUCAGCUGUUACUGCAACAUGGAGCCUCACCAGAUGCAGCCACGACGUCUGGUUAUACCCCAUUGCAUAUUUCAGCUCGGGAAGGUCAUGAAGAUGUGGCCUCCAUUCUACUGGAACAAGGGGCUUCUCUCUCUGUGAACACCAAGAAAGGAUUCACUCCUCUACAUGUAGCUGCAAAGUAUGGGAAGAUAGAGGUGGCCAACCUUUUGCUUCAGAAAAAUGCAUCUCCUAAUGUCUCUGGAAAGAGUGGCCUGACUCCACUGCAUGUUGCUGCACACUAUGAUAACCAAAAAGUAGCCCUGCUGCUGUUAGAUCAAGGAGCUUCUCCUCACGCGGCUGCAAAGAAUGGUUAUACACCCCUGCACAUAGCUGCCAAAAAGAAUCAGAUGGACAUAGCAACAACCCUAUUGGAAUAUGGUGCUGACACCAACACAGUUACCAGGCAAGGGAUAACACCAGUGCACCUAGCAGCCCAGGAAGGUCACGUCGAUAUGGUUUCUUUACUUCUUGCUCGAAACGCAAACGUAAACCUGGGGAACAAGAGUGGUCUGACGCCCCUCCAUUUAGCUGCCCAGGAGGACCGAGUGAAUGUUGCAGAGGUGCUGGUCAAUCAGGGAGCUGUCAUUGAUCCACAAACAAAGGUGGGUUACACUCCACUGCAUGUCGCAUGCCACUAUGGAAACGUGAAGAUGGUGAACUUUCUCCUGCAGCAUAAUGCAAAUGUGAAUUCAAAGACAAAGAAUGGAUACACACCUCUGCAUCAGGCUGCCCAACAGGGACAUACACACAUCAUAAACAUCCUCCUUCAGCAUGGUGCUGCUCCAGAUGAAGUCACUGUGAAUGGAAAUACUGCUUUGGCCAUUGCUAGGCGCCUGGGUUAUAUCUCGGUUGUCGAUACGUUGAAGGUGGUCACAGAGGAAACGUUAACUGCUGUAAUGUCUGUGACAGAAAAGCAUAAGAUGAAUGUUCCUGAAACUAUGAAUGAAGUUCUGGAUGUAUCUGAUGAUGAAGUUCGUAGAGCCAAUGUUCCUGAAAUUGUCAGUGAAGCCGAAUAUUUGUCAGAUGGUGAAGAAGGUGAUGAUGCAAUGACAGGGGACACAGAUAAGUAUCUUGGACCUCAGGACCUGAAAGAAUUAGGAGAUGAUUCAUUACCUAUGGAAGGAAACAUGAGUUACAUGGGUUUUAGCCUUGGAGCUCGAUCUGCAAGUCCUAAGAUCAGCCUCCGCUCCUUCAGUUCGGAUAGGUCAUACUCGCUGAACAGAAGUCCUUAUGCAAGGGAUAGCAUCAUGAUUGAAGAACUAAUAGCAACUACAAAGGAACCGGAUUACGAACCUGACGUUGUUUCUGUGGAUGGACCACUGGUGUGCAACUCGCUGAAGCACCUUGCAGCCACGAGAGAGUACGACAGCGAUUCUUUGAAGAGGUUCAGCUGGACUGCAGACACGCUGGAUAACAUCAAUCUUGUUUCCAGCCCCAUCCAUUCUGGUUUUCUUGUUAGCUUCAUGGUGGACGCGCGUGGUGGCUCAAUGCGUGGCAGCCGCCAUAACGGAAUGCGUAUUAUCAUCCCACCUCGCAAAUGCACAGCGCCGACACGAAUCACUUGCCGCUUAGUAAAGAGGCAUAAACUUGCCAGCCCACCGCCCAUGGUAGAAGGGGAAGGGUUAGCCAGUAGAAUCGUGGAAGUUGGACCAUCAGGUGCUCAGUUCUUAGGGCCAGUCAUUGUGGAGAUACCACAUUUUGGGUCAAUGCGAGACAAGGAAAGGGAACUCAUCGUACUUCGAAGUGAAAGUGGAGAAACCUGGAAAGAACACCAUUACGAGUGUAAAGAACAGGAGCUUAAUGAAAUACUAAACGGCAUGGAUGAAGAACUCGAUAGCCUUGAAGAACUGGAGAAGAAACGAAUCUGUCGAGUUGUCUCCAAGGAUUUCCCACAGUAUUUUGCGGUGGUAUCUCGUAUUAAACAAGAAAGUAAUCAGAUGGGACCAGAAGGAGGAAUGUUGAGCAGUUCAACAAUCCCACGUGUUCAAGCAUCCUUCCCAGAGGGUGCCUUAACCAAGAGAAUCCGAGUGGGCCUCCAGGCCCAGCCUGUCCCAGAUGAGGUUGUAAAAAAGAUCCUUGGAAAUCGAGCCACUUUUAGUCCAAUUGUAACUGUGGAACCCAGAAGGCGGAAAUUCCACAAACCCAUUACUAUGACAAUUCCCGUGCCACCUGCAUCAGGGGAAGGAAUUUCUAAUGGAUACAGAGGCGAUACUCCAAGCCUCCGACUGCUGUGCAGCAUAACAGGAGGUACAUCACCUGCGCAGUGGGAAGACAUCACAGGAACAACCCCAUUAACCUUUGUGGAUGAGGGGGUUUCCUUCACAACAAAUGUUUCAGCCAGAUUUUGGCUUGCAGACUGCCAUCAGGUCCCAGAAACUGUUAGUUUAGCUACACAGCUCUACCGAGAAUUAAUCUGUGUUCCAUACAUGGCCAAAUUUGUUGUGUUUGCCAAAAUGCAUGACCCUGUGGAAGCUCGACUGCGUUGUUUCUGCAUGACUGAUGAUAAAGUUGACAAGACUUUAGAACAACAGGAAAACUUCACGGAAGUGGCAAGGAGCAAAGAUAUUGAGGUGCUAGAAGGUAAAAUCAUCCACUUGGAUUGCUACGGAAAUUUGGUUCCUCUUGCAAAAGCUGGGCAGCCCCUCGUCUUCACCUUUUAUGCUUUCAAAGAAAACCGAUUGCCUUUCAGUGUAAAGGUCAGAGACAACAGCCAGGAAUCAUGUGGUCGUUUAUCAUUCCUCAAGGAAGCAAAAACUUCCAAAGGGUUACCACAAAUGGCUAUUUGUAAUCUGAAUAUUACACUGCCUGCUCAUAAAAAGGAAACUGAAUCAGAUCAAGAUGAAGAGGUUGAUAGAACUUCAGACCGGCGUCAAACCUUUGCAUCUAUUGCAUUACGUAAGCGGUACAGCUAUCUUGCUGAGCCUGGAAUGAGUCCACAGAGCCCAUGUGAAAGGACGGACAUAAGGACAGCAAUAGUAGCAGAUCAUCUUGGAUUGAGCUGGACUGAAUUGGCAAGAGAAAUGAACUUUUCAGUUGAUGAUAUAAAUCAGAUUCGAGUUGAAAAUCCAAAUUCUUUGACUACACAAAGCUUCAUAUUGUUGAAGAAAUGGGUUUAUCGAGAUGGAAAAAAUGCUACCACUGAUGCCUUGAGUACAGUACUCAAAAAGAUUAACCGCAUGGACAUUGUAACUUUACUAGAAGGCCCGAUAUUUGAUUAUGGUAAUGUUUCUGGCACAAGAAGCUUUGUCGAUGAUAGCUGUGUUUUCAUGGACCAAUCGGAAGGUCAUCCUAACAUCCAAACGGAAAUCCUGACACCUACUUCAUUGCGCUACGUGCCUCCCACCCCUCUGAGAUGUGAUGAUUAUUUUAGUGAUUUUUAUGGUGUAGAAUCGACCCCUAGAAUUCCCCAUAACCUAAAUGAUGAGAUAAAAUCAAGACUACCCAUCAUAGAUCCUGAGGAUAUGUCACUGGAAGAUAGUAAAGCUGAUGAAGAUGAAAUGGUAUCCGCAGACCACAGGCAAGUCAGUGAGGCCACCAUGGGCACCAGCAAUGAGCCAAAGCUUCAUCAGUUCACAGAAAUUAGCAAAGUGUUUGAUUCUGAUACUCAGCUUUCGAACAAAGCACAGCAGGAGGAGUACAACCUGCCACUGGAGGGAGGAAAGAUAACCAAACAAAAGAUCUCUGCUAACCAGCCAGAGGAAGGCACUGAGGAAUUGACAGAAGAAAGAGUAAAAACAUGCCACAAGGAGAUUCCACUGGGUGAAGGGACCCAGGGUUCAGAGUAUGAAGAGUUGACAGAGGAAAAGCUCCAGGCUCUUCAAUCUCAGAAUUUCGAGAGAGAAUUUUUUACAGUUCCAGGUUGGCACAGUGAAGCAUCCAGUGUGGACGUGGAGCCACCGACUCCAAAAAGCUACACCCUGAGCACGGAGUGUCUAGAUCGGCCAGAUGUUAAUGUGCAAGAACAGCAAUCCAAGGAUGAGUUUGUUGAAUCUGUUGUAUCUCAUCAGAAAGGACAAGCAGAUGGAAAAAUGUCAAAGCUUGAAGAAAAUGGGGAACAUGACAUUCAUAGUGUGGAAUGUCAGUCAAGUGAAGCAAAAGUUCAGGAGCCUGCAGAAGGCUUGUCUGUGGGGGUACAUGACAGGAAAACGCUAAAUGGGAAGGCACCAAAAUGUUCUGUGCUUAUUACAGAACAAACAGAACCCAGAACCGAUUUGCAGAAAGAGUUCGGGGGCACAACACAGCCAGUUAUAGAAUCAGUAACCGCUCUGUUUGGUAGUGAAAAGAAAAUGAGCUGGACUACCUCAGAGGAUCGAGGACCCAGCAGCAGGGAGGAAGAACGCCAAGGACAGGAGCUUGGGGAAAGUGAGCCCAGCUCGGAUGAGGAGGAGAUUGUCACGACCAAGGUUAUUCGCCGCAGGGUAAUUCUAAAGGCAGAGGAAGCAAAAAACAUCCCUGGAGAAACGGUCGUAGAAGAGCAGUAUGUUGAUGAAGAUGGCAACCACGUCACAAGAAAAGUAACCCGAAAAGUAGUGAGACGUAUUGUUAAGUCUAAAGACAACGAACCUGGAGAGAUUAUUACAGAAGCAGAAGGGCAAGAUGAUGAGGAAUAUUCUGAGUACUUUGAAUGUGCUGAUACAGAACAGGAGCAGGUUGAAGGGUAUAAAGUAAUCAAAGUCAAGAAAGAAACUAUCAGACACGCGGAUAAAAAGACUCAUUAAUGCCCAGCAAAAGGAACUGGAUAAAGGAAUACAUUUUACUGCCACGUGUCCAGAAGAAAAUGGCUAGAACAGAAAACGAAGCAAUUGUAGAAAAGUGUGUACCUGCUGCUUCCACAUAUUAAAGCAUGGUUUAGAUAAAAGAGGAUAUUUUCAUUUAGCAUGAGCAAAUUUAAAAACCGCAUGGAAAUUCACUUUCAUUCAUUGAUCUGAAGAGAGUGCGAUUGACUUGACAGAUGUCUGAGGUGCCAUGGUAUGAACGACUUUUUUCAAAUAGAGCAGUGUCAUCAAACAGAAUUUUUAUUUAAUGUAUUUGAUAUCUUCCUGUGACAAAACAUGGCACAAUAGAUAAAGGAAUGCUGGUUCCUGGAAGGAAAUUAAGAAUCACUGAUUACACAGCAGCUAGCCUUAUAAUUUUCUUGAACCCAUGAUUUCAGGGUAAAACAAAUCUACUUGCUUAUUUAAAAAAAUUAAAAAUAAAAAAAACAAAUGGUCUUGCUGUACAUACGUAACACUGUAAAAAUUCUGAUGAAAUGGAUAGUGCAUACUUUUUUUCGAAGUACUGUUCUAAGAAAUCAUUAAGAGCACUGCAACUGCUUUAGUGCACAAUUAAGCUUUAGAAGUGAUUCCACCUACUGGGUGACUUUGAGUGUAACUCCACAAAUUCUUGUACAAUUACUAGAAAGUAUAAUCUUUGUAUAUGCAAAAGCUCUAGCUUAAUUUUAACUGAAAUAAGCCUUCUUUCAGAUUAUACUGCUAACUUUAAAAUGAUUUUCAAAAACAAUGGAAAAUUCUGUAAUUCUGUGAAAAAAAUCUAAAAACACAAUUUCUUCAGAGUACUAAUAUUUUGAUGCAUGUGUUCAUUUUAAUUAAACUUUUUUCUAAGUUUGCAGACACUGUGUUGAAAUUAACAAAGAAUUUAUCAGUGUAAAACACAUUUCCCUUGUUUUACUAUCUGUUGUUGCUUUUUUUUAAAUGAUCUUAAAGAUGCCAUACAUUAUGCAAAGGGGAAAGUUUAAUGUUCUUGCUAAACAGAGGGAUUCAUGCUUGCAACUUAAUAGUUCAACUAAUUCUCUUGCAGGCACAGGAUUGAAAAUAAAGUUGAAAUGAUCAGAAUGUACAUGCUUGUAGACUGGCAGCACCCUGUAAAAGUAUUACUGUAUCAUGUGCAUUGGCUAUAAGAUGUAGAAGUCUUUCUGUAAGCCAAUCAUCUAAUCUUUUUUAGCAGUGUAAUAAUAGGUUGUUAAGGCUGCUGUGGUUAAAAGGGCAUUUUACAUUUGGGUUUGGUGAAUUAUUCUCCUCUGUUGAUUAUAUUCAUAUGAAAACAUUAUGCAGUCACUGAAGAUAGCUCUAAUAACAUAUGUAUGAAAAAACAGAAUUCCACCGAAUGAUCCAGUUGAUUAUUCAAGCAAAAAUAAAUUGUGCUAAAUCACUAGUA